UUAUUGUUCCUUCCGUGUCAUUUGUAUAUCGCUCAAACAGGUGCUCGCCAGUGCUGUGCUACCUUCAUGAAAAUAGGAAUAUUCACAACUGUGUGUCACGAGUUGGCAAAGCCCUCUUGCAUCAUAAUGUAUCGUACGAUAUGGACGCGUAUCAGCGUUUAUAUUCAAAAACAUGAUUUUACAUGUUUUUCGUUUUUUGUCUUUUAACAACCAAGUGCUUUGUAUUUGCUGUAACCAUCCAUAGGCUAACCUCAAACCCACCACAACCAACCUUGAUUUAAUAUUUUAACAAUAUUAAUAGCAAUAGGAUUUGAUAUAUCUUUUAAAUAUUUUUUAAUCUUAGAGCGUACGAUUUCAACCAAGCCUUUAAUGGGUACCUUUAUCAGAGAAGGACGUUCUUCGUAAAUACUACGUGUUCGGGGAUAACUUGAACGCAGCAUGAAGCGGCUCUUUGCUGACGAGCCGUCGCUUGUCCAAACAGCUGGUAGUUUCUGUCAGGGAACAACUCGACCCGAAAGCCACAUUUCGAACGAUGAAAGCACAAAUUGGAUGCGAAAGCGAUUGAUUCAGCCUUGGCUGAACUCCCUGCUGGAGUUUUACCAGGGGUUGGGAGAUGUCAUGCCUUCAUGUCUACUUUGCCAGACACUUGUUAGUUAGCCAAGUGAGGCUUCAGGCAGCUAACGCCAGCUAAGCUAAAUUACGAGAACGCGUGGGGGUGGUUUCCUGUCUGUGAGCUUGAAACGACUGCUUAGAUUCAAAAUGACUCAUAUACAUUAUAAAUUUUCCUCCAAACUCAGCUAUGCCACGGUUGUGUUCGACGGGCCGCAAGUCACGCUGACGGACCUGAAGGAGCAGAUCAUGGGCAGGGAGAAGCUGCGAGCCGGUGAUUGCGAUCUGCAGAUUACCAACGCACAAACCAAAGAAGAGUACACAGAUGACGAAGGACUCAUCCCAAAAGGCUCUUCGGUGAUUGUCAGGAGAGUCCCGAACAUCAGAGUCUCUGUCAAAAAGACUCAAAACGUUGAGCGCUCAGAUUCCCACUGCUACUUCGCCUCUGGAGCCGUCAAAGCAAGGGACGACCACAGUUCUUCUAAAACCCUGCCUUUGUUCUCCAAGAUGGUGAACCUUGCAGCUGCUGAUGUGUCAGAGGAUGAUAAGAUCAAAGUGGUGAUGAAUCAGUCCUCAUAUGAUCCCAUGACUUACAUCAAAAAAUUUAAUGGGGCCCUACCUGCCAACAACAUCUGUUACCGCUGUGGAAACGUUGGACACCACAGCAGGAAAUGUCCGUCUAUUGGGCAGGAGAAAAAUUUUGACAACCUUCCGAAGAUAAAGAAAAGCACAGGCAUUCCGCGCUCUUUCAUGGUUGAGGUGGAUGACCCCAACAUUAAGGGAGCAAUGCUGACUAGUUGCGGCCGUUUCGCAAUUCCCGCUAUCGACGCUCAGGCGUACGCUGUCGGCAAGAAAGAGAAACAUCCUUUUUUGCACCAAGAAGAGAGUAAGCUAGAGGAAGAAAAAGUCCCUGUUCCUGAGGAACUCCAGUGUCUGAUCUGUCGCGACUUGCUUGUGGAUUCAGUGGUCAUACCGUGCUGUGGGAACAGUUAUUGUGAUGACUGUAUUCGUACGGCCUUGCUGGACUCCGAAGGACAUGUCUGUCCCACCUGUAAUCAAUCAGAUGUCUCUCCUGACACAUUGAUAGCCAAUAAAUUCCUCCGUCAGGCUGUGAAUAACUUUCAGAAAGAGAAAGGCUACACCAGAAGUCUAAAAGGAAUGUCUGAUGCCCCUCAGCCACUUACUACAAAACCUACUCCGUUGACUCUCCAACAAGAAAAGAACCUGCAUUCCACUGUCAGCCAGGAGGUUGAUGUUAACGAGUCUCAAGCUCAUUGUGCUGCCAGCCUUUCACCUUGUGUUCAAGCAGGGGAAAAAACUCCAGAUGAGUUGGUGGCCGAUGCACCUGAGGUGUCCCACAACAAAGAGAUCACGGCCGAUCCGUCACAGCUUACAACACUGGUUAACAAUGACCCAGUGCAGAAAUCAUCCACAGGAGAUAUAACGCCAACCAACUUGCAAAGUUCCUCCUCGUACUCAGUGCGUCCCACAGGAGUUGUAGACCAACAACUCCAUCCCCUCCCUCCCUCAUCAUCCUCAAACCCACCUGUUCCUCCACCUCUAUUCCUUAGCCACCAAUUCCACCCAUUCCCUCCAGGUCAACAGUUUCUCAAUCACCCACCUAGACACCCGGUGCCCCCGCUUAAUUGGACUCACCCAAGCCCUCAGGUUGCCCCCAACCUUCCCCUCAUUCCCUCUUCCUCCUCCUCCUCCUCAUCCAUCCCUCCUUUUAUCCAGAGGGAUUGGUACAACCAUCAUAGACAUGAAACAGAAAGGUCUCCUCUUCCUCGAUCCACCUACAGGCGUUCGUCUCAUUCUAAGUCCAAAUCUUCUCACUCAUCAAGCAGGUCUAGUCGGUCCCGCUCAAGAUCCCACAGCCGAUCAAGGCCCAGAUCACCAUACUCCCGUCACAGAGUCCCUCACGACCGUACCAAUUCCUCACGCUCCUAUAGCUAUGGGUACAAGAGGUCUCACUCGCCCACGCCGUCCUCAUCAUCUUCACCCCGAGAAGGUUCUCGUUCUACGUCGCAUUCAGAUCACCGCAAAAAACGACAUAACAAAAAGUCCUCUCAGAGUGGCUACACAUCCAAGAAACGAGUGGAACAAUCACCAACUUCUUCCAGUCAGGCCGAAGGCCAGUCAGGGCAGUGUUAUGCUAGAGAACAGACUAGUAGUCGGGACCUUAAUACAGAUUAUUACCAGCAAUGGAAAAGACAAUACAAAGAAUGGUAUGAUAAGUAUUUUACUAGUUUUGUCAACCAUUACCACCGAAUGCCACCUCCCCUACACUCACUCCCUCCUCCUCCAAAUCCGCUGUGGGUGGACCAAGCAGACAACCUCUCGAACCACAAGUCGGACUUCAGUCAGUUCCAGUAUACGCGCAGCCCUUCGACGCACCACCGCUCCCCUCCUUCUCAGUCGUCCAGCGACAGUCGCUCGUCUCGCUCUCCAUCUUCCAACGAGAGCCGUUCCCCUCCGUCCCGAUCUUGGAGUGAGUGCAGCUCCCCUCCCUCUCGCUCGCCCAGUGACACCUGUUCGCCGCCGUCCAAGAACGCCACGCCUCAUUGGGGGUGCGCCGAGAAAGAGGGCUACACUGUCCUCAAACGAGAAUAUAAGGAGUAUGAUAAAGUAGUGCCAGAAGACAACUCGUCUUACCCUGACGCUGCACACUCAAUGGGCAAGAAUGAGAAAAUCCCACACCGUGAUGCCUCCGAUUCUGUUGAAAAUCCUCUUAAACUAAAUAGAAAUAAAAAAGAAAAGCAACAGAGACCAGAAAGUGAAAAUAAACCUAAAAGAAGCAAAGUUUCAAACUCCUGGCGGCAGGAUGAAGACAGGUGUCAAAAGAUCAAGCACAUGCAAAAGGCUCAAAAAGGGGAUAAGGACACACGCUGUGAAUUCUAUAAAACUGGGAAAAAAAGUAAAGAUGUGGGUGUUGAGAAAGAUAAAGAAAAAAGUUCCAUCAAAGCAUCUGAGAGCGGUGGGUACAUGCAAAUCAACCUUGAAAACAUUAAGAGUCCUCAGAAUCUGGACAAAGAACAAGAGCAAAAGAAAAAGGAAAAGAAAGCACGGGCACCCAGCAUGACAAACAUAUGGACGGAUGGAGGGAAGCUGAAACCACAGAAGAAAAUUAGUAUCAACAUCAACCUGAAUCGGGGCAGACCUGAAGAUAAAAUAGGAAAAAAAGUAACUUGCUCAGAGAUGAGUGAUGUGAAGGACGAUUGCAAAAAAUUAGAUGCAAGAACUGACAAUCAGAAAACUACUGGACUUCAUGAGCUUCGGGGAGCAGAUCAAGAAGACGGGACAGAAUUUGGAAAAAAGGAUGCAUGGCAGAGUCCAAAUAAAGAGGUUGUGAUGGAAGGACUGAAGCCACAAGAAGAGCUGGUGGAGGGACUGAAACCAAAAGAAGAGUUGGUGGAAGGAUUGAAGCCACAAGAAGAGCUGGUGGAUGGACUGAAGCCAAAAGAAGAGCUGGUGGAUGGACUGAAGCCAAAAGAAGAGCUGGUGGAAAGACUGAAGCCGCAAGAAGAGCUGGUGGAGGGACUUAAGUCGCAAGAAGAGCUGGUGGAGGGACUGCAGUCGCAAGAAGAGCUGCUGGAGGGACUGCAGCCGCAAGAAGAGCUGCUGGAGGGACUGCAGCCGCAAGAAGAGCUGCUGGAGGGACUGCAGCCGCAAGAAGAGCUGCUGGAGGGACUGCAGCCGCAACAAGAGCUGGCGGAGGGACUGCAGCCGCAACAAGAGCUGGCGGAGGGACUGCAGCCGCAACAAGAGCUGGCGGAGGGACUGCAGCCGCAAGAAGAGCUGGCGGAGGGACUGCAGCCGCAACAAGAGCUGGCGGAGGGACUGCAGCCGCAACAAGAGCUGGCGGAGGGACUGCAGUCGCAUGAAGAGCUGGCGGAGGGACUGCAGCCGCAAGAAGAGCUGGCGGAGGGACUGCAGCCGCAAGAAGAGCUGGCGGAGGGACUGCAGCCGCAAGAAGAGCUGGCGGAGGGACUGCAGCCGCAAGAAGAGCUGGCGGAGGGACUGCAGCCGCAAGAAGCGCUGGCGGAGGGACUGCAGCCGCAAGAAGCGCUGGCGGAGGGACUGCAGCCGCAAGAAGCGCUGGCGGAGGGACUGCAGCCGCAAGAAGCGCUGGCGGAGGGACUGCAGCCGCAACAAGCGCUGGCGGAGGGACUGCAGCCGCAACAAGCGCUGGCGGAGGGACUGCAGCCGCAACAAGCGCUGGCGGAGGGACUGCAGCCGCAACAAGCGCUGGCGGAGGGACUGCAGCCGCAACAAGCGCUGCUGGAGGGACUGCAGCCGCAAGAAGAGCUGCUGGAGGGACUGCAGCCGCAACAAGAGCUAGUGAGUCCAAAAGAAGAGAUGGUGGCGGGACAGAAGCCAAAAGAGCUGGUGUUGGGAGUUAAAAUGAAGAGCAUGACUACUGAAUCUGCUGACUUUGUAAAGUCACAUUCCAGUGAGAGGCCAAACAUUACAGUGGAGAGUGACUGGUCUUUUACUUUGGCAAGCAACAGCAAUUCCAUAUUGGACCACAGGGAUGGUGAGGAGUCCCCGGAGAGAAUCAAGGUGACGACAUCCUUGCAGGAGCAGAAACACAAUCAAGAUGCAGCACUUGAACUCAUGCAGGCCCCUCUCUUCAAAUUUGACAAUGAGGAUCGUGAUGAUGACAAAACAGAAGUUUCAGUUGCACCACCGGUGACACAAGGCUACAGGCAACUUCAGGGAGAUGCAGAAAAAGAGAGGCAAAUGUCUGUCGAGGAGCGGACAAAUGAGAAAAGCAGGGAGAGUAACUCAUGUUUGACUCCCUCUAGUGGCCAAAACGGAAGUGACAGAAGGGACGCUGAGAUUGAUGGAAAGAUCAGACCACAAGAUGAUAAGAAAGACUGCAGGAUUGAAGAGGCGAAGAAAGAAAUCUUCAAGCUAGAAAAGGAGUCAGAACAAGAGAUGUCAAAUUCACCAAAACUCCAGUCAUCCUCCUUGACAGUACAUCAUCCUGACAGGAAGGACAAGGAACAGGGAGUCAACACAGAUGCAAGCGAUGAAAAACAGCCAAUCGGUUACAAUGAUUGUAAAAAACAGCAAAGCGCAAGACUGGAUGUAAAAUCUGAACGCGCAAAAUACGAUUAUCACCACAUCGACCGGUAUCACAAUAACGACAAAACAGAAAGUAAACCUAACAACACAAGUCAUUCUCUACCUUCCACCUUUCACCCCUUUGAAAGGCAGCGAGUACCCCUAGAGUCUAACAGGUCUAAAUUACGUCCAAACCCGGUGUCUAAACGCCAACAUGAAGGCAGAACCACCACCAAGCCUCGACCCGAGAGUAGAGAGGAGCUGUGGAAAAGGUACAAGCUUGAAAAACUGUUAAAAGAAAGCCAACAAAUGCGAGCAGCGAACGAACCAGAGCCUGAGAAAGAAGCAGAUUGCCAUUACGAGGCCAAACCAGAGCGCGCAGGAGGAGAGAAGCCAUCUGAGCACGACAGCAACGUGAAGAACAGCGAACAUGAAAGGAGACCAAAAAAGCACAAGACAGACAAACAACAUGGCGACGCAGACCAAGAAUUGGAGACUAUGCAUAAAAAGUCUAAGAAGAGACAUGAGGGUUCAAAUCCAUUGGCUGGCUUUGAGUGAUCAUGUUUCGCUGCCAUUGACGGCGAUAGGCGUCCAAUCCAAUUUGACUGGGGGGCUCUACCAGUCAAAAUGGAUUGGACGUCUAGCUACUGUCUACUGACAAUGAGUUAAUAGGAAAUAAAAAUGUUUACUUUUUUCUCUCCCAAAAAGUGCCUACUGGAUUAGGCUAUUCUCUCAUUUCAGGAUUGGAUGAGGUUCAUCCAAUAAUAAAAAAGAAAAAAAAAAGCACUUUAGAUGUAGCUGAAGCUGGAAAAUGUUACAUUUGAAAAGUUUAAUUUGACUCGCAUAGGAGUAGGGCAUAGAGAAUAAUGCUGAAUGCGAUUUGUGGUUAAUUUAUUGUGGUAAUUUAUUUUUAAUUCAACCUUUGUUGCUGGUUCUUGUAAGUUAAUUUCAAGAUAAUUGACGUGCCUGAUGAAUUUUUAUGUUGCUUUUUCCUAUUUUGCAGGAAAUAAAUAGAACAUAUGCAUUGAAA